GAGCAGAGACGUUAGAUUGUCAGCGAUCUGUAUUUGGAAUUUCGUUUGUUCACUGCAGGAUUUGUUCACACUGCUGAGAGGUUAGAAUUACGUUCCAUAUAGAUAAGAAUUUAGCUUACUUGUAAAGUGUAGCCUCGCCAGAUUUCUGCAACGCGAGCAAAGAUAAUUCUGCCAAGAACUCACACUCUCCGCUCGAUCGAACUGAAGUCAUUUCCCCUGAAGUGCUUCUGCCGCCAUCUCUGUCAGUUCACACAAACUUUCUGAUAUCUCCAGUAUUCACUGGUUUCCCUUUGUAUUUUGAGUGUGUGGGUUUCUGAUCUAUUAUAAUUUCAACUUUAGCGACACUCGUCAAAUGCAAAGCACGAAGACAUAACGAUUUUGAUAAAGUAAAACGAAGGCGCCUUCAGUCAGCCUUCUGAAUGAGACGAGUUAAAGUUACACACUCUCAACAACAGGGAAAAGGAAAGCAGUGAUUGUCAGUUAAGAUGGCCUUAACGGGAAGUUUUGAUCGAAGAUUCUCUCAGGAAUGGAAAGAAUAAAGGGACAAACUGUUUCUGAUCGUCUUGAAGACAAUCAGCUCUGAUCAUUAAUCCUUCUGUCUGGUAGUUGUUCAGUUUUCAGUUUUUCGCGUUAAGCAAUGGAAGUGUUUGAACUUAUGACAAAAUACUCGCUUAAUUCCAUAGAGUGUACUUGAUUUCAUCUGACAGAAGUUAGAAACGAACUCAAAAUCUCUUGAAUCUGUAAAGAAACCAAAUUGAUGCUUGAUUGCUUUGAUCUAAAUGCAGGUAUGUCAGGUAUUUGAUAAAAUAAAUUAAACUUGCUCGCUGUCUGCUUCAUUGAUUGACAAGAGGGUCCUGUAUACUCUUUAUGUGAAACACGACUGGGCUAUUUUUUUUCCUCGUAAAUCGUGAAUUGAAUUGGUUUUCCUUUUCUUGAAUCGUGAUUAAAAAUAAUAAGAUCUUUUUAGGUCCUCGUGAAGUAAUAUUUUUUAUUUAAACGUGACCUGUGAAUGAAGAACUGAUUUAAACGUGAUUCGUGAACCAUUUUGUUUUGCGCGAUGAAUUCCCAGCUUUUUGGUGGUUUUAAAAAUGUAUUAUUCUCGAACAGUAGUGGUUAAGUUUUGACCAGGGUUGUGACAGGACAUGAACUUUACAUGGAUUAAUAGAAGUCAUAAAACAGACCUCUAAUGGUCCUUGAACAAAUAAUAUAAGACAUUCUGUCAUCAUUUGUCACUUAAGACUGUUCAAGACUAGGAAAAUUGAAAAUUUAGUUGGGGAAUUUAGUCUCUUACUUUCAUGUGAAAUGUCUCAAAUGUGUGAAUGUGAAAAAACUUUGAUAUUAUUCGUGAUGUGUGAAAAGGCCAAAUAUUUCUAUGUGACUGAGUUUUACAAAGGGGUAUAAGUCCGAACCUCUGACAAUGAAAAGAUACAAGUCAAAUUCUUAGAGAACUUUAAACUCAGUUCUUUGUGAUUCAUUAACAAUCUUUCUCAUUAAUAUGUAUAAGUACCACAUCACCAAAAAAUUUCAAUUCCAGUAUUAAAUGGCCAGUUCUCUCUUGGUUGCAAAAAGAACAAAAACUUUCCUGUACAUAUUCAAUAAUUUUGAUCAUUAUCCAUAAGAUUUACUAUGAAAAAGCUGAUUGGUCAAAAGCAUUCAAUCAAUAUACAAUAGUGUGUGAAGUUGACAUGAUAAAAUGCAAUAUCUGAGGCUUAUACUGCAUUUAUCUUCUCGAGAUCAAUGUCUGCCUAGUUUCCAAGACCUUAAAGUUUAGUGUUCUCAAACUUUUGAAAACCAAGAGAGAUGCUCAAAAUAGCUGAAUGCCUCUAAAAAGUUUAUAAUGAAACAAUUAUUUAAUCCAGUUUUUGAUAUCAUGCUCAACCUCAUUCAAUAAUCACUUAUUACUCUGGCAUCAAGACCAUGGAUAGACCAUAGUCACCCAUGUUUCUGCUAUGGUUGUUCACAAGACUUCCUGUUGUCCAAUUCUGUUUUUAAUAAUACACUUGAUUAACAAAUCAGACGACUGUUAUCAAUUAAUCACAAUAUAAUAAAAUCUGAGAAAGAAACUAUAGACAUCCAUUAUACAUUUUCAUAAAAAACAACAACAACAACAAUUAACUUGGCAAAAUGCAGGACAACAGUGUGCACACAUCACACAUUCUGUCCCCUUCCACAGGCAUGACAUGAUAAUUGUCCCUUUAAUGGUCCUCUAACACGGCCCAAUUACAAGCAUGACACAUACACUGUACCAUAGGUGCUCAAAUUGGGCUGGAGAUAAUGUCAUGUCAUGUUCAAGAAUUUUGUUAUAGUUUUGAUUAACAGAUGAAAGUUAUAUUUUCAGAUGAAAGUUUUUCCUCCUCAACAUUUUUUAAUUCUGAUAUUUGCAAAUUAUUGAGCCCUGAUAAGGAAGUUUGGAGAAUUUGGUAUUGGAUCAACUAAUAAUCCUCUAACUGAUAUUUUCCUUUGUUCAUAUCACUUACAAUAUCUGCUUGAUGUUGUGUUAAUAUUUUGUAAGGAGAAUUCCUGUAUUGGUCACUCAUGCAAGGUGAAGGGUUGAAUAAAUAUGUUAUACAUGAGUUUUGAUGUUGGUUAAUGAUUGCAGUUGUAAAAUUUUUAACUUGAAUUCAUUUUGCUGAAAAUUAAAUAUUCAAGAAGCCAGGCACAAUUUUUAAAGUUUUGGAGACAGUCCCUGAUAGAUUUGUUAAUUAAUGAAUGAUCUUAAUUUAUUUUAAAGUCAACUCUCUGCUAAUGGACACUCUCGUAAGUGGCCAGUUCUAAGUAUGGACACUUUUUUCAAUUCCUCAUUUUUCUGCUUAGUACCAAGUGAGUUCUUUAUCACUAUCCUCAGUUAAUUGAUAUAUACUUUUUCUUUUCACAUUCCCUUCUUAGUUAAGCUUUUAUUUAUAAACAUGAAUAAGAAAUUAAAACCAGUUUUCUCUACUCUUUGUUAUUUUUUUAUUUCAUCAACAACAUUCAAUACAUAACAUAAUGAGUACAGCAACUAUGGGUGAUUUGGAUGAUAUUUCAUGCAAAACAUGUCUUCAAUUGAAAAUUGUAAUCUUAAAACCAUCAUGCUGCUAGACAAACUCUGUAAAAAAAAAAAGCAAACAAAACAAAGAGCUCUCAUUCUGAUUAUUUUUGUAUCAAAACAGUGAAUAUGUCAGUGAGAAGGACUUAUCCAAUCAGUCUUUAUUAAAUGACUAGGAUCAUAUUCUGAUGGAUUCACUCUGUUAAUUGCAAGUAAAAAUAGCUUACAGAGGAUAAAAUCAAACAACAGGUCUGAAAAUUAGCAACUUGGUCUGAUAUCAACAGCUUAGAAAUCAUUCAUGCUUUGGUUUAUUUACAACUGUCUUAGGUUAUCACAUGAAAACAAAACCAACCAUAGAUUUGCCCUAAUUAUUUCUUUCCUGUUGGAUAUUAAUUUUGAAAUGGAAGUAGCAAUUCGUAUGUUUUUGGAAAAACAGCUUGGAAAACUCAGUGUAUUUAAAUUCAAAUAUCUUUCUUGUUCAUAAUUGCCUUUUUGUUAACAUUUAUAACUCAGGCAAUUGUUGAUGAACACAAAAAUUAUACAAUUAGAUUUAAGUUGAAAUGUUUCUAAUGAAAAUAAAUAACUCAAGACCCUUUACGCAUAAGCAUCCGGUCCUUUACUCAAAAUGUUUAAAAGAACACUGAAGGGUGGAUGGUUUCCAAAGAUAAUGUAUUACGAGGAAUAAAUCAUUACCUUGGUUCAGUAGAUGUUAAAUUAUAAACCUCAUUCUUGCCAAUUUUUGGUUCGAUUGUUAUUAUAAAUGCCACAAGAAAGUUAGUUCAAGUUACUCACCUUUAAUGACAACUUGUUUUUUUCGUUCUGACAGUUACAUUUCUAAGACAUGGAUUCCCAUAUUUCUAAAGAAAAGCUGAGAAGUAAGAUUGUAACAGAUUAUUGCGGAAGAAAGAAAUUAAAACUGUCACGGUUGGAAUUGCUUGAAUUGCCUGAAGCGGUGCAGGAAUUAACUGAGUUGGACGAACUUGACCUGUCACGGAAUAAACUUAAAACAAUACCUGAAAAUGUUGGAAAACUAAAUAAUAUUACGGUACUUAAUGUAAGCGAAAACCAGCUGUCCAUAUUCCCUGCAAGUUUGACACAGCUGAAGAAACUCAAAGUGCUGAACAUCUCACGUAACAAACUAACCACCAUCUCUGAUGCUAUUGGUGAGAUGGUGGCACUGAGGGGACUGGAUCUGAGUUACAACCAGUUGACUGUGUUGAGUCCAGCUAUGACACAGCUGAAGAAACUCGUAGUGCUGAACAUCUCACAUAACAAACUAACCACCAUCUCUGAUGCUAUUGGUGAGAUGGUGGCACUGGAGGGACUGGGUCUGAGUUACAACCAGUUGACUGUGUUAAAUCCAGCCAUAAAUCAGCUGAAGAAACUCAAAUCGUUGUUUGUAAAUGGGAAUCCUUUUACAGUUGAAGGAAUGAGAAGUGUUGCGGAGCUAGAAGAUAAAGGAAUAAUUGACCGAGUAUAUUCAGAUCUCCAAGGUGAGUAAAGGAAAUUUCUGUUCACAUUAUUGUUGUGACGUGUGCAUUUACUAAAUUGGUUCUAAUGAUUGACUUGCAAGUGGUUAUUCUGCUUGUUACUGAUUAUUACAGGUAGCUGGCGAUAGGUAAACUGUAAAUACUGUCAGUUUUUGUGUGGUUUAACAAAGUUGGCAUCACUUGAGAAAUACAUGACAUUUGUAACGGAAGUUUAUGUUCUAUAUUGGAAAGCUUUAUUUUAACAAUUUGGCUGACAUUGAAAUUUAAGUUCAUCAAUAAGGAAAUAUGAUUUGAUGUGGAAUCAAGAGAGUAAAUGUUAUUACAAAUCAUUCUAUGCAGUUAGGUAUUAUUGUUUUGAGUUUUGCUUUCUAUUUGACUGGAAUAAAGAAAGGAUAAAAUGUAUCCCAAGUCAUUUCAUUGAUAGAAAUUGUUGUUUUAUUUUUGCUUUCUAUUUGAUUCAAUGAAAGUGUUCAAAAAUUGAAUAACUUGUAGCUUGUGAAACAAAAUUUAUAAACUAAUACAAUUUGUGAAUUAAGUUACAGGAAUAGAACUUGAAUUUGUUUUAAGCAUGACUAAAUUCUGAUUGUUAUUUCCAUAUCACUGGUGAUUUUUGUGCAAUGUUUUUUACACUUGUAGUUGUUACCUUUUGGAUAUAAGCACUUUUUCUUUCUCUUUUACCAACAAUUAAUUGGUUAUUGACUCCUCACUACUUAGAAGAACUGAUUUAAGUCAUUGCCUCUCUCUUUUGUGUGAUCAGUCACAAGUGGUUCUAAUUCUUAAUGUUAUAAAACAUUGAGUCAGUUUAGUUUUGGUGUGCAUGUUCACCAAACUCAUCACUACAUUUUAUGCCAGGAGAAUUAUUUUGAUUGACUGUGUAAUUUUUAUGUGAGAGUGGAAUAAAAUAAAAUGUGUUUUCCAAACUCACUAAUGCAUUAAUAUCAGAAAAAAAAAUUUGUGAUGGUUUAGUUUUUAUAUACCAGCCUUUAACUCAAACAUUAUUCAUGUUGGAUAUUUAUAGUAGUUGAUUUGUAAACUUUUAACUUUGCUUUUUUUUCAAUUAUUUUGUACAAAUUUUCAGUGCAGAAAUUUCUUUUUUCUUUGUGUUGUGAAAACUCUCUAAUAAGACCAAAUAGCAGAUCAAUGCAAAGUACAGCUGGCUUAUGAAAGGGCUUUGAAAGAUGGAUAUGUCACAGUUUACCGCAGUAGAAUAUUACUCAUUGGUCAGGAUCGAGCUGGUAAAACCAGUUUAAAGAAGAGUCUCCUAGGCCUUCCAUUUGACUCUGAAGAACAAAGCACUGAGGGGAUUGAAGUAGAUCCUUCAAAGUGUGAAAUUGAUGUUGACCAAGCUGCAAGGAACUGGCAGUCCAUUGGUGAGAUUAAACCAGGACUGUUGGAAUGUUCUAAAGAUGUGGCAAAGACUGUUGUGGAGAAAAUUUUUAUACAAGAUGAAACUUCAGAAGAAGAUUUGGAGAAAGAUUCAGUCCACAUUUCAUCUCCAGAUUUUGAACAGGGAUCUUUUGAUGGUUACAAAUAUGGCAGAAAAAAGGUGAUGUCAGAAUUCUAAAAACAUUCUUUACAAGUAUGUUUAAGGCAGCUUUUUAAUGACAGUAUAGUUUAAAAUGCUUAAUGUCAAAUAAAGAUUAUGUAAACCUUAAAGUGAAGCAAAAAUUAUAAUUGUUUUAUUAUUUUUUUAAAUUGAUUUUUUUUACUUCGCAAUGGUCUUAGCCAAAAAGCGGGGUACUGCUCAUAGUCUAAACAAUAAUUUCCCUCCCAGUGUAGUACUUUCAUUUUAUUUAAUUUACAUCAAACUUUGGCAUAAUUAUUUCAGAAGUGUAAUUAGUUUGCUGGCUAAACUGAAUCACUGUGGUACUUAACUCUUUCACUCCCGGAUCAAAUUUGCCAUUCUCCUUACUAUAAACCACACAAUUUGCAUAACAGUAGUUCAGAGAAUUUAGUAUUGGAUCAAAUUAUUAUCCCCAAAUUGUUAUUCUUGUAUAUUCUCAUCACGUAUCUGGUUGAUAUUGUAUUGAUAUUGUAAGGAGAAAUUCUGUCUUGGUCACUCAUGGGAGUUAAAGGGUUAAAGUAAUUAAUUUCACCUUCUUUGAUACUUUACUCAGGUUGAGGAUAAAGGAGAUAACCUGUCAGUAGAUGCUACUCACAAUAUUAGCAUUGAACACUCAAUAGACUGCACCUCAGAUGAGCCCACGGUAAUUAUUGAUGUUGCUCAACCCCCUGAUACUGUGAAGCAUGUUCAUCAGUGGUUGGAGUAUCUCCAAAGCAAAGACACAAAAAGUGGUUCAUUCAAAGAAGAAUCCUACAUUAUGGACAUCUGGGACUUUGCAGGGCAGCACCUGUACUAUGCCAGCCAUCCUAUCUUCUUAUCACAGCGCGCACUAUACAUACUGGUGCACAAUCUCAGCAAGUCUUUGGAUGCUGCAGCUGAGCCCUGCAUGAGACAAGGGAGUAAUGAUGUGAAGUUGGAAAACCCUAACAACGAAACAAACAUGGAGAAUUUGCUGUCAUGGCUGGCUACAGUACAUGGUGUUGCCCUAGCAACUGAUGACCCACAUGAUGAUGCACAACAUAGACUUCCCUACCUCCGCCCCCCAGUGUUUAUUGUUGGAACACAUGCUGAUAAACCAGUUGAAGACAUAGCAGUAAUAAAGAAACAAAUACAGGAGAGAAUUUCUGGUAUGGAAUAUGAGAGGCAUGUGGUCAGACCCUUAUUCUGCAUUGACAACACUCAGAGACCAAACUUGACUGAGAAAUCUAAAAGGAAGAUUCAAAAGCAGAGAGGAAAACAUAAAAGAGGUAAUAAUAAUAUUUUAUGUCUUAAAUUGUAUCCUUCACCAUGUGUUACUUGCAGUAAUUGAUGGUUUUAUAAUUGCUUACUAGCUUGUCUUUGCAUCAAUUCCGAGAGCACUUAAGUUGUGGCCAGUUUAUUUUUUUCAAUCAAAGGCCCAUCAAAGGCCCAUUUAGUAGACGCUGGCAAACAUUGAGCAUUAAGAACAAUUAUUAUCUGUCUCUCACAUUUACAUGUCAUCCAUCAGUGGUGUUGUGUGUCAUUAUAAUUUUAAAAGGUUGGUAGACACACAGAUUGUUUAAGUUGGAGUUGUAAGGGAAGGAUACUGCCCUGGUUAAAUGAGUUCAGGCUAAUAGUGGAAGCUAGUUAUAGUUGUGUUUUUUGUUGCUUUUAUGGGCUGCAUUCUUCUCUUUAUGUACUAGCAUCACCGUACUGGGGUCUAUAAAUUGUUGCUGACAGAUCCAUUGAUUUGAGAGUUUGAAAUAAGGAACAGAAGAUGAUUUGGGGAGUUGGAGAAUUAUCAUCUUAGCUAUGUUGUCAGCUAUGAAACAUCUGCAAUCACACAUGUAUGGUUAAACUAUUCUCAUUGUAAGCACAAAUUUCUGUGUCACAUUGUGCUUUUAAUUCAUUUCCUAAAUAUAUUUAGCUGAGGAAGAAGGAAAAGCUGAUGGAAUAAAAGAAUUGCAGAACAAAAUCCUGGAGGUGUUGAGGCAGGAGCCUUAUAUGGGGGAGAAAAUACCCAUCAGGUAAAGGAAAGUAAUAGUUAUCUGAGAAACCUCAUUUCAUGGACUUUGGGAUCAAUGUUUUGCAUGUAUUCAAACAGUCAUCAACAGUUCUUCAAAGAGCAGUCAGUGUUUUUAUCAUAACUGUAUAUGCACAUACAUGUAUCUAAAGACAAAAAUAUUUUACCUCUACUAGUUUGAAGUUCAUUAAAAUACGUUAAACAUGCGACGGUUCUAAUACACAGUAUACACAAUUUACAUAUAUUCUUAACCGUCUAGUCAUAUAAGUGCAAACAAACAAAACUCUUAUUAAUUUGUGACAUUGUGACAAUAUUGUGCUUUUAAAAAGGUGUGGAUGUCUGAUGGAUAUUUGAGAAGGCACAGCUCUUUGAAUUGAGAUUGUUUAUGUGAAAAAUAUAACCAUAUUAGAAUUUUCCUAAAGUUUGGAGAAAGCUAGAGCAAGGAAAUGGAUGAGUUAACACUGGAAGACUGCAAAUAAGUACAUGACUGACUGAAGUUAAGAUCCAAUUUUAAACCCUAAAACAUUUUAAUUAUUCUGUUGCCUUCCAGAUGGUUUUUGUUUGAAAAGGUGAUUGAAGCUUUGGUGGCCAAACAGAUUUAUCACAGAAAUCUGCGACAACUUGAGCAUUAUGCAAGGAAAGAUUGUUUCAUGAAAGAUGCAAAAGAGUUUGAGUCCAUGAUCAGUUUUUACCAUGGUCUGGGUAUGAUAAUCAAGCAUCGAAGUACAGUUGUACUGAAGGCUCAGUGGUUGAUUGAUCUGUUCAAACAACUGAUAACCAUUCCACCUUUCAAUAAACAGGUAAGAAAAAAAGUUCAUUUUAGAAAGGCCUUACUUGGAAAAUGUUUAACAAUUUAAGUGAACAGAAAAUGAGAAUGAUACUUUUGUUUAAUAUAUUGGUAACUUAUGCAACAGCUGUGACUCUUUGAUCUCCCAAGUUAUUUCAUGUACCUUUUGCAGCUUUUCAGGUCAUAGAUUGAUUUAGCCUUUUUCCUUUACAAGAGACUUGCAUUGGCUUGCUACCGCUCACAAUAAUUGUAUUUACGCAAUUUUUUUUCACUUGCACUAAAUAGCUUUUGUGGUGGUGAAUAACAACUAAUAAUCAUCUCUGAGCAGCCAAAGAUACAAAAUUGUCCAUUGAGAGUGUAAUUUCUUACCAUUUCGGUACAUUGAUUGAAAUAAAAGUUUUCUAGUUCUUUUACAUACGCAUGGGAAACAUUCAGGAGAAACAUUUGGUGGAUUUCUCUUAUCUGGAAUUUUUGUUAUUUAUGUAUUUUGUAGAAUGCUCGAUAUGCUAAGUACUGGCGGGAACUUGAAGGAAGUGGCAUCCUUAGCAUGGAACAUGUUGAUCAUGUAUUUUCCAGCUUUAUUGGACAAAGAAACAUCAAGGGAGACAUUUUAGACAUGAUGGAGCAAUUUGGCUUGAUCGCUAAGUUCUCAGCUUCCCCAACCGAUGAGAAGUACUUUGUACCAGCUCAGUUGAAGUCAUCACCUGUAGAACUCAGUAAGAUGGAACCAUCAUCAACUGAUCCAUGUCCAUUGUAUCUCCUCUUUGUCCAUGGCUUUGUCCCUCAUGGUCUCUUCUUGCAGCUUGUCUCGCGAUCCAUUCGUUGGUGUUCAAAGACAUGGGCCAUACAUCAACCUCGCCUGUACCAAAAUGGAGCAUGGUUCAUCAUUGGGAAAGAUAUUCAUGAUUUUGUCCUCAUAUGCAAAACAGGAUUUGUGAAAGUAAUCUUGAGACAAAGAAAGGCACAAAGUCAUCAGGUUGAAGGACAGAACUCCGUCGAACUAGCAACUCUUGUUCGUGAAUUUCUUGAAGACACACUAAAGAAUUUGUCACACGAAAUGCCAUACCUGAGGGGACUGCAGUAUAGGCUGUGUGUUGCAUGUCCUUAUUGUCAUCCAGGGGUAGAAGAAACAGGUCGUGCAUGCUCAGAUCACGUGAAAACCACUUGCGCACACAAGGACUGCUUCCAUCUCAUUGAUGCAAAUGAAGGUCGGCCGGACAUCUGUACGCGAAAACUUUGCAAUAUGAUAGAACCAGUUUGUGGAUUGGAGAAAUGGUUCUUGAAAAGAAGAAGCCAGGUAUAAUUGACUGUAAUGAUCUUUCAAGCAAAGAUUUCUAGCCUCAGUUUCAUCUUAUCUUUGCUCCCCUAAAUAACUUGAUGUUAAUAUCAAUUGGGCUGUUAUCAGUGUUGAGAAAGGGAGCCCUGAUAGAUUGUCUUCAGUUUUAAAUAUGUCAUAGAGUUUCUAACAAGAUAAAAUAUUUUUUUAAUUUUAUCCUUUUUUGUUUUUCCUCGGUAAAGUUUUGAUCAAUAAAAAUUUGUAUAACCACAUCCAAAGUUUUUUUUUUAUUUAAUUAUCAUAAUCUUAUAUGACCUUUUUUCCUUCAGGGUUUGUUCAUGUCAAAUGUAGCUGCUAGGUCACAUGAUGAAGCAAGUGAAAUAAAUUCAAUGAAGUCUGCCACAGCAUUGAAGGUGACUCUCCUGGGAAGUGAGUGGAGUUCGUCAAUGGGUGGCUUGUCCACCAUCAACAGACAGCUUGCCAUUCUGUUGGCCAAACACUCUGACGUGGAUGUUACUCUCCUUGUCCCACAGUUCGCCUGUUCUGAACAAGAGAGGAGAAUUGCUGGAAUUCACAAUGUAUUCCUCAGAGAGGCACAACAACGUCCAGGCUAUGCCGACCCCCUUGACUGGCUGAGUGCCCCACCGAGAGAUCUGGACAUUGACAUAGUACUGGGUCAUGGAGCAAAGCUUGGUAAACAAGCCCAAUUUAUUAGAGAAUCGCACCAGUGCAAGUGGAUACAGGUAGUGCACACUGCACCUGAAGAACUCGCAAUGCACAAAAACUAUUCCAAGGCUAUUUCCAAGGGUCAAGAGAAGAAUUUAACGGAAGUGGCGUUGUGUGAGUUGGCAGAUGCUGUGUUAACAGUUGGACCAAAGCUAACAGAGGCUUUCUCCGUUCAGCUCGGCUCAUGCAAGAGUGAGGACGACAUCCUUCAACUGACUCCUGGAACAUUCCGUGAGUUCUCUGACGUAAAACAAGCCCCUAAGGAGCGUAACAAGUUCAAGGUACUGACGUUUGGCCGUGGUGACUCAGAGGACUUCAGCUUGAAGGGCUACGAUAUCUCUGCUAGAGCCAUAACUGAACUAAAAGACAAGUCUUACUGUCUCAUCUUCGUGGGUGCACCUGACAAUGAACAGGAUGAGGUAGCAGAGGAUUUACUGAAGAGUGGAAUUGAUAAAAGCCAGCUGACCGUCCGAAAAUUCGUGAACAGCAAGGAGAACUUGAAAAAAUUAUUUUAUGAAGUUGAUCUCUGCAUCAUGCCCUCUAGAACAGAGGGGUUUGGUCUGACAGCAUUAGAAGCGUUGUCUGCUGGUCUUCCCAUUCUUGUCAGUGGAAACUCCGGAUUUGGUGAAGCACUGUGCACUUUACCAUCGGGCAAAUCAUUCGUGGUAGAGUCUGAGGACCCUGAGGAGUGGGCAAAGGCAAUUGCUGGUGUCCGACAGAAGGAAAGAUCAGAUCGACUUCGAGAUAUUCGACAACUGAGGAGUUCAUAUGAAGAGAAAUUUAGCUGGGAGAAGCAGUGUGACAGUCUUGUGGAGAAGAUGUGGGACAUAGUUCAUGGUGAGAAUGUUUUCAACAUCCUUAAAAAAGUGUUUUAGGGGGCUACUCGGCCUUCGGUCUCUUAUUAACUGUGGCGGAAAGCACGAACACCUCGUAUAAAAAAGAUGUUAAACAUGAAUAAUAAUUAGUCAUUUUAUCCUCUUGUUUACUGUGUUAUUAAAACAAAAGUUUCUUUUUAUCUUUUUAGCUUCUAAAAGACGAGACACAAGUUUUAGAGCUCGGCAGGUCGAAUUUGUUGAUACGUCGACCAAACAACUAACAGUGGAUUCAUUACUGACUCCAAGUGAGUAAAAUAAUUUUUUUAACAAAUGAUAAUUGAUAUCCGCAAAGAAGUACAGACAGGUUACAAGGAGAUCCAGCAAUUUUCUUUCCCUGACUUUUGACUUCAGGCCAGCUACGCUUUGUAAAAACUUAGUAAGGUAUUUUUUACUUAGAAGACAUGUUUUUACUUAUACCACUACACUCUUCAGUCGCAAACGUAAGACUUAUACAAAGAAAUUCGAUUUUUUUUACUUUCUGAUCCGGACGGACGGCUUAGUUUUAUUUAUUUCGUUGAGUCAUUUGAAGUUUUCAUCCAAUCGGAAACCACCAGAAAUUAUUUGAAACAGGGAGACAUGGGGAGUUGUUCUGCUUUUUCUCAAAACAAAAGCAAAGUUUAAAUACUGUUUCUAUCAAAACAAGUUUAUGUUCUAUUCAUGAUACAGUUGUGUUUCAAAACAAUAUUGAAGUAAUAACAUAUUCAUACGGUAGAGGAAAUACAUCAGUAUAUUUUUGAAGCCCGUACUUUUUUUCCCUGGAUUCCUUUUUCCAGUUACACAGAAAUGUCAGAGUGUAGACCUCGUGUUAAUUUUUCUCCUCGCUCCUUCUCUCUCGAUCAUCAGUGUAUUCAUUCUCGGGCAGAUAUCGAACUUAAAACGUGACUUAAAUGACAGUAAGAGCUUCCUUUUUAAGGCUUAGUUUUUGGACCAAACAGUGGAAGUUUGGUGGUUGAAGCCCUUCUUUUCCUUAUAAAUCUGAGAGUUUCCCUUAGUAAGUUUAGGAUUGUUAUCUUCCAGCAGACGAUUGUUUCGCUUCUUUCAAUCAUGCAGUUAGAUUAAUAAGAACUUUGUUUUUUCUAGGUUCUUUUGACCGAAUCAUCCAGAAGCUGCAGCGGAUGCAACUCGAUGCGAGCCAAAUCAAGAGCAGAACAGAUCUAUCACUGGGGUUGAGGAAUAUUGCAUCAGACAAGGGCUUCAGAAUAUCUGACAAUAAAGGAUUAGGAAAUUGCAUGUUCUAUGCCUUGUCCGAACAACUGGAAAUUGUUAAGGGAAUCAAAAUCCUACAUGGCGAAUUAAGACAAACCUUGGUCCAGUACCUCAGGAAUAACCCAAAACUUGUAAGUUGAUAUUAGUAUGUCUAACAGAGUAUGUUACGCGAUGUUAUUUUAAGAGCAUGACAAAGGUUUAGUGAUAAUACAGGCCACUUGGCAAACACCACGAGAACCUAUCCCAAUGUUCACAGCGUGAAGUGACCACAAGUACUAUUACUCUUCCUGCGUGGACUGAUGGUCUUUUUUUUCAGGAGUUCCUAUACCACCUUGUACCCCUGGUGGAAAAGGGUACAAGGUACCACUUAAUGUGGUGUCUGAAGAAGCAGGCCAUCGCAAUUUUAGUCACUUAAAUUUAAUUUAGCUUCAAGAAAGGUCCAUUUAAACCUGCAUCAGAGAGCAGAAUUCUAGUUAUUCUUUAUAUGAUGGAUAUUUGUUUUCCUGCUGUUUUCAAAGCGUUUUGGAAUAUACACAGACGUUUUGAAAGACGUUUCAAUCAGAAAAUUUGUUACUAUGCAGUAAAUUGCUAAUUAAAGGUCGUCUUGUACCAUUCUGAUAAAAUUACUCCCUGACUCGUACUCCACGCGCUCAAGUGUCUAUCAACAAUUCUUUUAAGUUUCCCUCUUUAACUAAUUCUUCCUACAGCCGGAUGGAACAGAUCUGUUUGACUUUGUCCAUGGACAUCAAACGUGGACUGAGUACCUUGUACACAUGGAACAAGAUGGCGCUUGGGGUGACCACGUGAUUCUGUGUGCUGCAGCUAACUGCUUUAAAACGUGCAUUCAUGUGGUCAGCAGUCUAUCCCAUAGUAAUGAUGUAAUCAUUACGCCACAUUGUCCAGUUGACGAAAGCAAACCUCUUAUGCUGGGACAUGUUCAUGAGGUGCACUAUGUCAGCCUUCGACCCGUACAAGGUACAGCUCAUUACAUUAUUCUAAUUAAAUGUAAUUUCUAA